GUCGCCCGGACGGUGAUUUGAGACGGACCAAAACAGCUUUCUGAAAGUUGACGUGGAGGUGAUACUGUACAAUGGCCGAUACUAAAAUAGAACUUCCAGCCGAUAGCACUAUUGUAACACAAAAUCCAAAUGUUCCUCCACAACCUAAUAACCCGCUCUCCCGGAAGCUCAACAAAAUACUGGAGACGAGGCUUGACAAUGACAAGGAGAUGCUGGAGGCACUGAAGGCGCUGUCUGUGUUCUUUAAUGAGAACACUCUGCGGACAAGGAGAAAUCUUCGUGGUGACAUAGAGCGACGGAGCUUGUCAAUCAACGAGGAAUUUGCACGGAUAUUUAAAGAAGUAAAGGAGGAGCUAGAAAGUGUUCAUGAGGAUGUCCAGGCAAUGAGCACGUGUUGCGAAGAAAUGACCUGCAGAUUAAAGGCAGCAAAGGAGCAAACUCAAGACCUCAUAGUGAAAACCAACAAGCUGCAGGGAGAAAAUCACCGACUGGAGGUGAGAUCUCAGGUUGCUCAGGCUUUCCUCGCUAAGUUCCAGCUGACUCACGAGGAGAUGACCAUGCUGCGAGGGGCUCGGGAUGCACCCAUCACCGAGAACUUCUUCAAAGCUCUUAACCGGGUGAAGCACAUCCACGACGACGUGAAAGUCCUACUGCGAACAAAUCAGCAAACUGCAGGGUUGGAGAUCAUGGAGCAGAUGGCCGUGUUACAGGAGACCUCAUAUGAGCACCUGUACCGCUGGGCUCAGAAUGAAUGCAGGGGACUGACCCAGGAGACAUGUGAUAUCAGCCCUGUGUUGACUCAAGCCAUGGAGGCCUUACAGGAUCGCCCUGUGCUUUACAAAUACACUCUGGACGAGUUCGGGACCGCGCGCAGGUGUGCUGUGGUCCGAGGCUUCAUUGACGCACUUACUCGAGGAGGGCCAGGUGGAACUCCUCGGCCCAUAGAGAUGCAUUCACACGACCCCAUGAGGUAUGUUGGGGACAUGUUGGCCUGGCUGCACCAAGCGACUGCAUCAGAGAAAGAGCAUCUGGAGGCUCUGCUCAAACAAGUCACUUUGCAAGCUGUGGAAGAGAACAUUCAGGAAGUGGUUGGACACAUCUCAGAGGGUGUCUGCAGGCCGCUCAAAGUCAGGAUCGAGCAAGUCAUUGUGGCUGAGCCAGGUGCUGUUCUGCUUUACAAGAUUUCCAACCUUCUUAAGUUCUACCAUCACACCAUUAGCUCUAUUAUUGGAACCAGUGUGGCCUCCUUGCUCAUCACUAUUGAGGAAAUGCACAUUCUCAGCAAAAAAAUGUUCUUCAACAGCCUGAGCCUUCAUGCUAGCAGACUCAUGGAUAAGGUGGAGCUGCCACCUGCAGACCUGGGACCUACAGCAUCCCUCACCCAGACCCUGUCCCUCCUCAGGGAGGUGCUGGCCUCCCACGACUCAUCAGUGGUUCCUCUCGAUGCACGUCAGGCUGACUUUGCACAGGUGCUCUCCUGCAUCUUGGAUCCACUGCUGCAGUUGUGCACUGUGUCGGCCAGUAACCUCGGCACGGCUGACAUGGCCACGUACAUGGUCAACUCGCUGUACGUCAUGAAGACCACGCUGGCGCUGUUUGAGUUCACUGACAAGAGGCUGGAGAUGCUGGAAUUCCAGAUUGAAGCUCACCUUGACACUCUAAUCAACGAGCAAGCGUCCUACGUGCUGACCAGAGCCGGACUGAGCUACAUCUACAGCUGUGUCCAGCAGCACAGCGCUGAACAGGGUCCUUUGUCCCUGCUCCCGAGCAUGGACAGCUCCUCUAUCAAAACAGCUAUGGUUCAGUUUGAUCGGUACUUGUCAUCGCCAGACACUCUCGUAAUGCCACAACUCAACUUCCUGCUCAGUGCGGCAAUCAAGGAGCAGAUUUUCCGUCAGUCCACGGAGCUGGUGUGCAGAGCCUACGGAGAGGUUUACACGGCACUGACCAGCCCGGCAAACAGCUACAAGGACCCAGAAACCCUGGUGCCCAGAUCCCCUCAGCAGGUUCAGACCUUGUUGUGCUGAGGGACGCUUUUCUCCCACCUGGUUAAUCCUAAAAAACACAGUCUGGGCCACAGCGCUGGGCAGGCUGCAGGUUAUUUAAAGAGCUGUGUAAUUUGUACAGUAUAAUAACACAAAUGUAUAUAAAAGUAGUUGUUAAGGUGGGGUUCUCUGUGGGAAUGUGGGUCGCUGUAUAUAGAGCCUCCUGUGUACGUAUAUGAUCCCACUGCAGACACUGGCCUUGUUUUUCCCCUACUUUCCGUCUGUUCUGUUCUCACAGCGUGUACCGCUGUAAUCGGGUCUGUAACUGUACAAAACAAUGUGUCCUUAUUUGAAAUAUUAAACAUUGUAUAAAUCACAAA